AUGUUUGAACUUCAUGAUACAUUUUUGUAAAGUUUGAAAUUCAGGCAAUGCCCAUUAAUAAAUGUAAGAUAUUAUAAAAAAGAAGUAAAAGUUGGAAAGUGGGAUAUUAUAAACAAAUAAUAAAAUACUAUGUAUUAUCGCAUCUAUACUAAAGCGGAGGAGGGGGGUAUUUUGAUGAUGGUUGGCUAAAAAGUUGGGGAAUGGACAGAAAUAACCCAUUACGAUCCAGUUUUUUUUCUGCUUCUCAGGAAUAUAUAGAGAUGGAAAAAGAGUUGGUCAUUGGACAAUUUAUGUUAUGAAACAAUGUAUGAAUCUUAAUAUAGUUAAAUUAGUGGAGGAGAAGAGUAUGAUGAAGAUGGGAUGAAAAAUGGGGAAUGGUAAGAGUUUUAAGAAUAUUUUUAGAGGUAUAUUAUAUAUUCUAUUAUUUUUUUAAAUUAGUACUGAUCUAUAAUGUGAAGGGAAGUAUCUGAAAAAUAAGAAAAUAGGAAGAUGGGAAAAGGAUUGUUAAUUGCCAUAUAGAGCGGAAAAUAUAGAAUACAUGUAUAAUAUCUAAUUAUUUAAAGGGGUGGUGAAUAAGAUGAAAAUGAAUUAAAAAAUGGACAUUGGAUAGAAUCAAGUGCUGAUUAUUGAGUGUAGUUUAUUUAUAUAAGAAUUCUAAAGGUUACAUAAAAUAAUUUUUUUUGGAAAAAAUAAAAACUAAAUAAAAGAAGGUGCUAGGGAAAUUUUAUAACAUAAUCAUUCCAAACUUAAAUUUACAAAAGAGUAUAAUAAUUAAAGUUAAUAAAUAAAGAGGGGGAGGUGAUUAAGACGAGGAGGGAAGAAAAAAUGAAUAAUGGAUUGAUAUAAAAUCCAAAUAUAACCUGUAACACUUAAUAUCAAUAUUUUUUGGGUCAAAAAUUAAAUUCAUCAUCCAAUGA